AUGGAGCCCGCCACACACCCACCCGAGAUGGGUGAACGCAAGAACUCACGAGAGGCAAUGAAAGGUCUUGACCCACGAAUGCAUGCAAAGCACGACAGUGAGGAGGCCUUGACCUCUGAGCUCAUAUCAGCUGGCUCGGAGCAUCUUCAACGAAAGCUAGGUGGAAAGGAAAUCCAGCUGUUAGCGGUGGGUGGUGCUAUUGGAACAUCUUUGUUUGUUCAAAUGGGCGCGAGUCUACCAAAGGGUGGCCCGGCAGGCCUUUUCCUUGGGUUUGUUGUCUAUGGAACUGUCAUCUGGUGUGUACUAUGUAUGCUGAUGAGGCAAUUAUGUAUAGCUGAAAUGGUUACCUAUCUUCCGAUUGCUUCUCCCUUUAUCCGCCUGGGUGGGUUUUGGGUUGAUGAUGCCUGGGGUUUUGCGAUGGGCUGGAACUACUUCUUCCUUAUGGCCUUCGCAAUCCCGUAUGAAAUCACGGCAAUUAAUGUCCUCCUUACGUACUGGACCGACAAAGUUCCGGUGGUCGCGGUUGUGAUGAUAUGCUUGGUAAUAUAUGCUGGUCUAAAUGGACUUGCAGUCAAGUAUUUCGGGACUGCAGAGUUUUAUCUAGCCAUCUUCAAGGUCUUCCUCAUGCUGGGACUCAUUGCCUACACUUUUGUCACCAUGGUUGGUGGCAAUCCAGAGCACUGGGCCUAUGGCUUUACCUAUUGGAAGAACCCUGGUGCUUUUGUCGAGUACCUCGCUCCUGGAAACACCGGACGCUUUCUCGGGUUUGUUUCUUGUAUUAUCCAAGGCUCCUUCACUAUGGUCGGUCCCGAGUUCAUCGCGAUGACAGCCGGUGAAUCAGAGAAUCCUCGCAAAUUGAUGCAUCGGGCUUUCACCUCUUUCGUAUGGCGUCUUCUCCUUUUCUUCCUCGGUGGAGCUCUCUGCGUUGGGAUUGUAAUUCCUUAUAAUGACGAGCUUUUGCUCAAAUAUAUCGAGGGAACUGAGGGUGGCACUGGAGCUGCCUCUCCCUACGUUAUUUCAAUGGUCAAAUUCGGAAUCAAAGGUCUCCCCUCCCUUGUCAACGCUCUGAUCAUGACCUCCGUCAUUUCUUGUGGAAACAACGUUGUUUAUUCCUCCAUUCGAACACUCCAUGGCCUAGCAGUGGACGGCAAGGCGCCCGCAAUCUUUGCCAAGUGUAACAAAUUCGGUAUUCCGGUUUACUCGGUCAUCGCAGCACUCGCGUUCUGCCUUCUUUCCUUGCUACAGCUUGGCAAUACCUCUGCCACUGUUCUAAACUGGCUGGUCGGAAUCUGCACUGCAUCUUACAUGAUCAACUACUUCGCGACGGUCGUAACUUACCUGCAUUUCUACGCCGCUCUCAAACGCCAGGGCAUUGACCGAAAGACUCUGCCAUAUCGGGGAUACUUCCAACCUUAUGCGGCAUAUUAUGCCGCGGUGAUGACAUUCGUCGUGGCCUUGGUGCUCGGAUACACCGUUUUCAUUGAUGGUCAUUGGGACAUUACGACGUUCUUUACGUCUUACCUGAUGAUCGGGUUUUUCAUCGUGGCAUUUGUGGUUUGGAAGCUUUUCAAGCGGACCAACUAUGUUCGUCCGGGAACGGCGGAUCUUCAGCUUGGGGAUAUCAAGGCCCAGAUUGAUCUCUAUGAGGCAUUGUAUGAGCCACCAAAAAGGGGCAAGAUUUCGGGUUGGUUCAACAGCUGGUUUGAGUAG